GAUGAGUGGUCUACAUUAGCUUAGGAGAGAGCAACUUUUGCACUUUGCCUUUGGCUAGACAGAAAAAGCUGUAUACAAUCUGAAGUUGUACAUACCGUAGAUAAAACAAAAAACAGGACUCAAAAUGACUAAAGGAGAUAUGGAAUAUCAACUUUUGCUUGAAGGCAGCAAAGAAACAAAAGAGAAAAUUAAGCGUCCGAACAAAUCCCUUCUACUGGCAGUUUGUGCAGCUUGCAUUGGAGGAACCUUUCAAUAUGGUUAUAAUAUUUCAAUCAUCAAUGCCCCCACCAAGUCUGUGCAGAAUUUCAUCAACCAAACCUGGCUGGAGCGCUACGAUGAGGACAUUUCAGAGCAUUACCUCACUCUCCUGUGGUCCAACAUUGUGUCCAUGUUCACAAUAGGAGGAUUUAUUGGAGCAACUAUAGGUGGAACACUGGCCAUUAGAUAUGGGAGGAAGGGGACACUAAUGAUGAACAACGCAUUUGCCUUACUGGCUGCUCUGUUGAUGGGCCUGAGCUACCCCACUGGAUUAUUUGAACUGCUCAUCGUUGGACGAUUUUUCACAGGAGUAAAUGCGGGUAUCGGCAUAUGCGUUCAGCCACUGUAUCUGGGGGAAAUCGCCCCAAGGGCACUUCGUGGUGCCAUGGCAAUGGGGACUUCUAUUUUCAUCACCGGGGGCAUCCUUACUGGACAGGUGAUUGGGCUUAAUGAGCUCCUCGGUAAAGAAGAACACUGGCCCAUCCUGCUCUGUACCACCUGUAUCCCAGCGUUCCUGCAGCUCCUCAUACUGCCCUGGUUCCCAGAGAGCCCUCGCUACCUGUUGAUCGACAGAGGGGAUGACGUUGGAUGUAGAAAAGCGAUGAAGCAACUCCACGGCACUGAUAACUUUGAUCGCGAGCGGGAGGACAUGGAGAGGGAGAGGGUCAGCGCCAUUGGCAUUAAACCCAAGAAGCCCUGGCAGCUGUUCAUGGACCGCAGCCUCCGCUGGCAAGUCCUCACCAUCAUCCUGCUCAACGCCGCCCAGCAGCUCAACGGCAUCAACGCUAUAUAUUUCUAUACAGAUUAUGUGUUUGAGCAGGCCGGAAUUCCAGAUGUCAACAUACCCUACGUAACUGUGGGCACAGGAGCCUGUGAAUGCCUCACUGCCCUUACCUGUGGCAUGCUGAUCGAAACUCUGGGACGAAAAGUGCUUAUCAUCGGAGGGUACACCCUAAUGGCUUUCUGGUGCAUUUGCUUCACUCUGACCCUCACCUUCCAAGGAGCAGGCCUAUGGAUGCCAUAUCUUAGCAUGGGAUGCAUCUUUGCUUUCAUACUCAGCUUUGGCUUGGGACCAGGUGGGGUGACAAACAUCUUGACCACUGAGUUAUUCACCCAAACCAGUCGGCCUGCUGCGUACAUGAUUGGAGGGUCCGUGAACUGGCUCAGCUUCUUCGUCAUUGGCAUGGUGUUUCCAUUUAUUGUGACUAAGUUGCAGCAGUACUGUUUCCUGGUGUUCUUGGUGAUUUCUGUCUUGGUGGCUGUAUACAUAUUCCUGGUAGUCCCUGAGACCAAAAACAAAACUUUCCUGGAGAUCCAUACCGAGUUCCAGUCCGGAGACAAGAGGAAGGCUUCAAAAGCAGAUGACGGCCCAAGGACAACAUUGUUGUCAACCCCUCUGUGAAACACAGCUCCAGUGUUUUCUGAAAGGACUUGUCAAACCUGUACCACAUUACGUAUUAUUCAACAACUGUCAGUGCUAUGAAUAUCUCAUUGUCAUAUUGAUACAAAGUUCCAGAAUGUGUGUUCUUUGUCAGGGAUUGUGAAGUGUAGAAAUUAUAGUAAUUGGGACACAGGAAACAACUAAAUGAACUAGGUACUGUUAAAGGGAUACUCUGGGAUGUUGGCAACGAGGCCGUUUAUCUACUUCCCCAGUGUCAGAUGAACUCGGAGAUACCAUUUUUAUGUGUCCGUGUGCAGUUUAACGGAAAUUGCUAACUAGUGCUAGCGUAAUUGCUAAAUAACGUUAGCGCAAUGACUUAAAGUCUAUGGGAUACCAUGGACUUCCAGACAUUAUGCUAAUCCAGACAUUCUUCUAAUCUGACUCUGGGGAAGAAGAUAAAGGGUCUCAAAGCCAAAAUCCUUAAGUAUCCCUUUAAUGUUGCUGAUAAGUCCAGAUCAAUGAUUUAUAUAUGCAUGAGAUUUACAUUUGACAUUUUAUUCAUUUAGCGUACGCUCUUGUUCAGAGCGACUUACAGUUAGUGUAUUUACCUCAAUAAAGUAGCUAUCAGCAAAGUCAGAGCUAGUAAGGGGGAAAAAGUCAAGUGUGAGUAUUUGUUCACAAAAGGCUGUUUUUGGGGGGGGGUGUCGGGGUGAGAGGGUCGGUGCUGUAGGAUUAUUUAAGAUAUUCUUUGAAGAGGUAGGGUUUUAGAUGUUUUCUAAAGAUGGACAGAGACUUUGCUGUCCUAGCUUCAGGGGGAAGCUGGUUCCACCUUUGGGGUGCCAGGACAGAGAUGACCUUGGACUGGGCUGAGCAGGAGCUGCCUUCCUGUAGUGUGGGAGGGCCAAGAGACCAGAGGUGGCAGAACGGAGUGCUCGGAUUGGGGUGUAGGGUUUGAGCAUAGCCUGAAGGUAGGGAGGGACAAUUCAUUUUGCUGCUCCGUAGGCAAGUACCAUGGUCUUGUAGUGGGAGCUUCGACUGGAAGCCAGUGGAGUGUGCGGAGGAGCAGUGUGACAUGGAAGAACUUGGGAAGGUUGAACAUCAGGCAGGCUGCAGCAGUCUGGAUAAGUUGCAGGGGUUUGAUGGCACAAGCGGGGAGCCCAGCCAACAGCGAGUAGCAGUAGUCCAGACGGGAGAUGAUAAGUGCCUGGAUUAGGACCUGCGCCACUUCCUGUGUGAAGUGGGGUCGUACUCUACGGCCGUUAUAGAGCAUGAAUCUACAGGAGCGAGUCACUGCUUUGAUGUUUGCAGAGAACGAAAGGGUGUUGUCCAGGGUCCCGCCAAGGUUCUUUGCACUCUUGGAGGGGGACACCGUGGAGUUGUCAACCGUGAUGGAGAGGACUUGGAGCGGGCAGGCCAUCCCCGGGAGGAAGAGCAGCUCUGUCUUGUUGAGCUUGAGGUGGUGGGCCAACAUUCAAGCUGAGAUAUCGGCCAGGCAUGCAGAAAUGCGUGUCGGCACUUGGGUGUCAUGAGAAGGAGAGUAGUAGCUCAGUGUCAUCCGCAUAGCAAUGAUAGAGAGACUAUUUGAGGAUAUGACAGAGCCGAGUAACUUAGUGUAUAGUGUGAAAAGGAGAGGGCCUAGAACCGAGCCCUUUGGACACCAGUAGUGAGAGUAUGUGGUGCAGACACAUAUCCUCUCCACGUCACCCGUUUGGAGCCGCCUUUCGGGUAGGAUGCAAUUCAAGAGUGUGCAGAGCCUGAGACACCCAGACCUGAGAGGGGGUAGAGGAGGAUCUGAUGGUUCACGUAUCGAAGGCAGCAGAUAGACCUAGGAGGAUGAGAACAGAGGAGAGAGUCAACUUUGGCAGUGAGGAGAGCCUCCGUGACACAGAGAAGAGCAGUCUCGGUUGAAUGACUCAUCUUGAAGCCUGACUGGUUAGGGUCAAGAAGAUCGUUCUGAGAUAGAUAGUGAGAGUUGGUCAGAGACAGCACACUCAAGUGUUUCGUAAAAAGAAAAGAUAGAAGGGAUACUGAUCUGUAGUUUUUGAUGUCAGAGGAGCUGAGUGUUGGUUUCUUGAGGAGGGGAGCGACUCAAGUCAUUUUGAAGUCAAAGGGGAUACAACCAGUGGUCAGGGAUGAGUUGAUCAGGGAAGUGAGGAAUGGGAAAAGGUCUCCAGAGAUGGUCUGGAGAAGGGAGGAUGGGAUGGGGUCAAGCAGGCAGUUUUUUGAGCGGUCUAGGGAGGGAAGAAAGCGUUCAAGGUGUAGGGUAGCUCUAUAUGUGUGGGACCAUUGGACUCAAUAGGCUGAGUAAAUGAGGAGCGGAUGUCGUCAACCUUCUUUUCAAAGUGGUUAACAAAGUCGUCCGUGGAGAGGGAGGAAGAAGCGGGAGGGGUGGAGGAUUAAGGAGGGAGGAGAAGGUGGAAAGUAGUUUCCUAGUGUUAGAGGCAAAUGCUUGAAAUUUAGAGUGAUAGAAAGUGGCUUUAGCAGCUGGUACAGAGGAAGAGAAGGUAGAAAAGAGGGAAUGAAAGGAUGAUAGGUCCUCCAGAAGUUUAAUUUUCCUCCAUUUUUGCUCAGCUGCCCACAGCCCUGUUCUGUAAGCUCGCAAUGAGUCACUCAGUGACGCAGCAGGAGGGGAGGGCCAAGCAUAAAGGGAGGAGAGUAUGGUCAAAGAGGCACAAUCAGGAGACAGGAGGGAGAAGGAUUUAGCAGAAGGGAGAGAUUAUAGGAUAGAAGAGGAGAGAGUAGUAGGAGAGAGAGCGGAGAUUGCGAGGGCGCAUGACGAUCUGGGAGGGGGCUGAGUGGCUAAGGUUGGAGGAGAGGGAGACAGAACAGGACAUUAAGUAGUGAUCAGAGACUUGGAGGGGGGUUGCAGUGAGAUUAGUAGGCGAACAGCCUCUAGUAAAGAUGAGAUCAAGCGUAUUGCCUGCCUUGUGAAUGGGAGGGGACUGGGAAAGGGUGAGGUCAAAAGAGGCAAAGAGGGGAGAAAGAAAGAGUUGGAAAUAAAUCGAAAGCAGAUGUUGGGAGGUUGAAGUCGCCAAGUAUGAAGAGCGGUGAGCCAUCAUCAGGAAAUGUACUUAUUAAGGUGUCAAGCUCGUUGAGGAACUCUCUGCUGGGCGAUAGAUGACAACAAUGUUAAGCUUGAGUUGCCAAGUGACAGUGACAGCAUGGAAAUCAAAUGAGGAGAUGGACAGGUGAGCAAGGGGAAAAAUAGAAAAUCCCCACACAGGAGAAAUGAGAAGCCCUGUGCCACCACCGCAACGACCAGAUUCUCUCGUACUAUGAGAGAAAACUGUGGCAAGACAUCAGUAGAUUUAUAAUUGAACACAUUUAUGAAGAUUUUACACUAUUGUGGAGAGAUGUACUGCUUGGAUUCUUUACAUACGAUAAAAAUAAGCUGAAACAUU